GCGAUAAUGUUGAGGUUAUAAUAUAAUCAGAAAUUAGCUUAUUUGGUUUUGUUUAAUGUGCUGUGACUUCCACUUAUGAAUGAAUAUUUACACAGUGUCUGUAUUUGGACCCGAUCUAGAGUGAAUGCCCUUUUAAAUUGUCAGAUCUUUUGAACAGAUAUCUUUGUAUUUAAACAUGGAGGCGCUGUUACCCUCUGAAGUUGCUCGAUUAGUUUAUGGGUACCUAGAAGCUGAAAAAUGCUCGGAGGCUGCUUUGUUAUUCCUGCAAACAUCCCAGCAUCUAAAAGAGUGUCAUGCUUUUUACUUGCAGUACAGAAGAUUUUCCACCAAGGUCAUGGGUCUGACGCUCCUUCAAUGUCUAGACUAUCUGUGUUCUGUUUAUCGCAUCGUACAAAGCCACCUUAAAACGUUUGAGAACGACCCACUGGAAAAACUCAGCCUUCCAGAACAACUAAACUUCCUAUUAGACUCCAUGAACUUCAAUGCUGGGAACAAUGAUCAGACUGCAAGAGUUUCAAAUCAGGUUGAUCCAAAAACUCCUGAAAAAGUGGCGACUUCUGCAUUCCAAAAAAUGACUAGGAAAUCCCGCACAAAAAAUACCUCUGAUAAAUCUUCAUUCCCUGGAUCAAGUGCUGUUUUUACAUCUUUCCCUUUCCCUGUUGAUGAUGAUGUUGGGCCUGUUUUGCCGGUUCCUGAGACUACAAGCCUGGAGUCUCUGCCAGGCAACAUAAGAAACCGACGUAAAUCACCACUCAAAGUGAAGGAUGAUUUCUUUAGUGAUGAAGGAUCUGCUAAUCAAACUGCUGUUGAUGCCAAUCGUUUCAAGAAGCCAAAUCUGCCAAACCUGACCAACCUCUUCCUAGAUAAACCUGACCUUUGUUCGAAAAUCUCGAAAAACAUCAACAAAGCAUUGAAUUUGCCGGAUAAGCCGAGAUCAAGGAGUAAAGAAAAAAGCAAAGAUGUAGGAAAGUCAGCCGGUGAGCAACUGGAUACUGCCAUCAAAUCACUCGUCAAUCAGCUUGUUGACGAGGAUUCCGUUUUCGACGAUGUCUUAUCUGAAAUCAUAGAUCAAUUACCUACACCAACUCCGUCACUUACUUCUCCAAAAAAUAUGCCAAAAGCCCAGGAAAUGCCAAAGACAGGGAAAAUUCCUGAAAUUCAUCUUGCUCAUGGCGAUGUGUUGCCCACUGUUGACUUUGGAAAUGAUGUUUUGCCCCCAGCAGACUUACAACCGUUAUCAAAAAAUGCCCAAAUUGAUGAAAUUUGUCCAAAUAGUAUCUCCAGCCCACAAAAGACAGCAGCACUCACUAGGACCUGUAGGACAUCAGAAAUUGGAGAACUCCUAAAACCACCGGAAAAUAUCAUGGAAAUUCCAGAAACAAUCUCCAUCCAACCGGCAAGUGUAAUCUCCUCGCAAAUUCCCACAAGCCACUUGCCAGAACAACUCUCAGUCGAUUGCGUAGCGCAUCCUAUUGAGUCUUCAACACCGCAGCUUCUAGAUCUAGAACUGACAAAUAUGAAACCAGCAGAGGUAUCGAGCAUCCAGCCUCUAACGGUAUCAACAGUAGCGGUGACCGGGUCCAGUGCACAGCCGGUAGAAUUAUCGAGGAUAUCGCCUUUCCAGGUGUCAAGCCUGCAACCGGUGCAGGUGACAAAUUCUCAGGGAGUGGGGUCAAGUAUCAUUGUUCUAGCAGAGGCUGCAAAUCUGGUUGAGUCGCAACAGCUAGUGAUGCAGACAGCCGAUGGGUAUUACUCGUUCAUACCAACUAGUACAGAAUUAUAUCCUACGUCUGCGCUUUUCGGCUCCGAGUUAAGGAUCUCUGGUGAAGAUAUCGAUCAGAGUCUUGCUCUUGCACAAGAGAGCUCAACGGUGUCUUCGGAAAUCAUAUCAAAUGAACAGCAUAGAAGGCUGAUACAUCUCAGUGGGAUUCGAACUCAAAGUGAAUUUGUCAACAUUGCACCAAACCCGGGGUCAAUUAGCUCUACUAAUUUUUUGACUGGGAUGCCGACUACUAAUCCAAACUCAGCAAAGCCAGUUCAAAAGAAGAGAUCAAGACCUCCCAAAGAACCGCACCCGAAUGCUAAGAAAAAGAAAGAGGCAACUGCAAAACCUAAAAAACCACGUGUAGUCGAGGUCCGCGUCCUUGAUGCAGCAAAAGAUGCUCGUUCAGAGACAAGCUCUGACUGCAGUAAAAAUGUCACAGCUGCUGAAUCAUACAGACAACUUGUAGAAGCAAUGUCAUUUGUGGGCGAUGAAAGAAGUGCAACGCCUAGAAAAACACCUGUUAAAAGUACAAACUUAAUUUCAAUUGAUACUUCAAUAACUCCUUCUAAACCAGAUUCAGACCCAGGCCAGACUAAACCUAAGGAAGAUUCAGGUAUUCCUGUUGAAAUUGCAUCAAAGCAAGAAACUACAUCUAUGUCUGUUUCGAACCUACCCAAAAUCGAAACUGCAGAAGACACCACAUCGACUGAGUCUGCACCCAACUGUGGCGUCGUACCCAUUGAAAAUCGAGCUGAAGAAGAAUCUCCGCUGAAAAGUGGACCUAAACCCAUACUCACGUCUGCAUCAAACCUACCUGAAAUGCUAACUGCAGAAGACAUCACAAAAAUUGACUCUGCACCCAAUUGUGCGGUCGCGUCCAUUGAAAAUCGAACUGAAGACUCUCCUCCAAAAAUGACUGAUACUGAUGUACUCGAUGAAAUCAACCCAAAGACUGAAUCACAGAUUGAAUUUGCUGCAAUCUCUCCCUUGCGAGUCGCUAACAACCAUCGACAGAGUUUAAGCACUCCACGACGAAAGACAAAUCAUGUACGCAUUUUAGACUUCGGCACCCCUCCUAAUUUCAAAGACUCCUUUCAGCGAAAAGCCAACACGUCACCAAAAGCACUAAAAUCGAGUGAACCACCCAGUGAACGCCUCAAAAGUAUUCGGCGAGCAGAGCUCUUUCAAUCACCGGAAACAUCAUGGUAUUUGGCCACCACUCCUGAUCCAGGGAACCACGAUACUGUAAAGCUAAACACAAACACGCCGCCUCCUGUCAGAUCAAUUAUGUCUCCAAGCUGUGUCAAAGAAGCAUCAUCUCUCAGUUGUCAAGAGUCACCUCCUCCACCUGAAAAGUCAAAGUUUACGAUUGCAACGAAGUCUCCUCAGCCUAGACUCAGUGGUGGUUGGGACAAAAUUAACGGACUGGGACUCAUUGUAAAUUCCCCAAAGUCAAUCUCUUCUAAGAGCUGUGAUGAAGAUUCUAAUUUACUUAGCUGCUCAAAAUCGCUGGUCAACGCUGUCGAAUCAACACCGUUGAAGGAGUCCUGGGAUUCCAAACUUCGGGCCAUGCUCCGAGGUGACUACGAAGAACCUGAGCCGCCAAAAAAGCAGACUCAAUCGAAAAGGAGCCCUAAAAAAUCUAAUUCUAAAACCAGCACAAUGUCAAAAGCCAAAGUAAGCCCGAAGAAACACGGCCAAAAGAAAAACAUUGAGAUCUCACCAGUGAAGAUAUCUCCUGAACCCUCAAGCUCUGUCAAUGCGCCAAAUGUCAGCCAAACAAUGAGCAUCCUAGGUAGGCUAUCGUCAGCGAAAGAAAGGAAAAUUGAAAAAGAAAGUUUCUCCUGCGAGACCAAUUUGGAAGUCAGUCAAUCGAAACUUUUACAGGAGGCCUCGUCAGAAACAAUUUCAGUAAUUGAUCAAAAACUUCUCCAAAAUCCAGUGAUCCAAGUUUGCAAGUCUAUUCAGCCUAGUAGGAUAAGUAAUGAUAAGUUGCUUGACGUAGGUAAAUUUAUCAAAAAGUCCAAAUCUCGUCAAGACCAGGAGAAUACAACGGGUGUAUCACAAGAAAAAUCAGAGGAGACCUGCCAGCUUUCUAAGCAAUUGAAAAGCCAGCCUCAGGAAUCUAAUCCUAAAAUUAGCACAGUACCCAAAGCUAAAAUAAGUCCCAUAAAACGUGGCAGAAAGAAGAACAUCAAGAUUUCUCCUGUGAAAAUAUCUCCUAGACCUUUCAGCUUUGUCAAUGAGCCCUGUGAUGCAGAUUCAGAAGUUAGACUAUCUACAAUUUCGGUAGAAACCAAGUCAGAAAAAAUUACAGAAGCUAAUACCCAUAUUUCCAGGUCCAUCCAGUCCUCCAGUCAAUCAGUCUUAUCCAAUAGGAUCGAUAUGUUGCUUGACGCAAGUAAAUUCAUCAAAAUGUCAAAACCAGACCAAGACCAGAAGAAGGCAAUCUCAGUAUCACAGGAAAAAUCAAAAGAAGGCUGUCAGUCUGCGGAGCUAAAAAAGCAGACCAAAUCAAGUAUGAGUUCUGAAAAAUCUAACCUUAAAACCAGCACAAUGCCAAAAGCCAUAUCAAGCCCCAAGACACGCAGCCAAAAGAAAAACAUCCAGAACUCUGCUUUAAAGACAUCUCCAGCACCUUCUAACUCCGUCAAUAAACCAAAUGCCAGGACAAAGGGCUUUUCAUCUCCAGAACGCUCUCCUCUCAAACCACUGACUGCAAGAAAAAGGAAAGUCAAAGGUGAAAAACUCUCCUGUGAGGCAGAUUCAGAAGUCUUUCAAUCAAAAAUUCUGCGAAAGGGUAAGUCAGAUCAAAUUUCAGAAAGAGAUUUCCAACUAUUCACGUCUGUUCUACCCAAUAGCACUGAUGAGGAUUUGUCGCUUGAUGCAGGUAAAUUUUUUGAAAAGUCCAAAUCAUAUAAAGACCAGGAGAAUACAAUCGGUGCAUCACAAGAAAAAAUCAAAGAGACCUCUCAGUUUUCACCGCCAAAAAAAGAGACAAAAUCAAAAAGUAACUCCAUAAAAUCUGAUCUUAAAAGCAGCACAAUACAAAAAGUAAAACUAAGCGCUAAAAAAGAUAGCAAGAAGAAAAACAUAACGAUCUCUCCAGUUAAGUUAACUCCUGCACCUUCUUGCUCCAUCAAUGAGCUCAACGCUAGCUCAAAAAUGAGUUUUUCAUCUCUAGAAUGCUCUCCUGUUAAACCAGUGUUGACAAAAGACAGGGAAAUGGAGGUAGAAAAAUUCUUCCGUGAGGCAAAUUCAAAAGCCAGCCAAUCAAAAAUUUCGCAGAAGGUCAAGUCAGCAAAAAUUUCAGAAACUGAAGCUCAAAUGCCCAGAUUUAUUCUACCCAAUAGUUUGAAUGAUGGUAUGUUGCUUGACGAAGGUAAAAUUAUUGAGAAGUCAGAAUUAGACCAAAAUAAUGCAUCGCAGGAAAAAUCAAAAGAGACCGGACAGCCUAUGGAGGAAUCGAAAGGCAGCCCUGAAAAAUCUAACCGGAAAAUCAGAGGAAUGUCAAAAGCCAAACCAAGCCUUAAGAAAUGCGAGGAAAAGAAAAUCAUGGAGAUUUUUUCAGUGAAAAUAUCUUCUGAACCCUCUAGCUCUGUCGCUAAACCAAACGUCAGCCCAACAAAGAGCUUUUCACCUCCAGAACUGUCACCCAUUAGACCACUUGCUGCAAAAGAAAGGGAAACAGAAGGUGAUAAUUUAUCUUGCAAGACAGAUACAGAAAGCAGACCAUCGUUACCAAAUCUCUCACCUCAUAAACUAGAGACAUCAAAGAAAGGUAAGAAAUAUGAUAAGGUUCUUGAUGUAUCUAAAUUUAUCGAAAAGUCCAAAUCAGAUCAAGAUGCAAAGAAUAUAAUCUGUGCAAUACAGGGAGCAUCAAGAACAAUGCAACUGCCUCUGGAGCCAAAACAGCAGACAGAAUCAAAAUGCAGCUCUGUAAAGUCUUAUCCUGAAACUAGCACAACGUCAAAAGCCAAACUAAACCCCAAAAAAUUGGACGGUGUGAAAAACAUGAAGAUUUCACCGAUGAUGGCAUCUCCUGCACAUUCCAGCUCUAACAGCAAGCCAAAUGCCAGCGCAAUCCCCAGCUUUCCCUCUCCAGAACGAUCUCCUCUAAGACCACUGUCAGUGAAAGAAAAAGAAAUGGAAGGACAACAGUUCUCCAGGACAGAUUUAGAAAUCAGUCAGUUACUACCCAAAUUCUCAUUUCAUAGACCAGACAUAAAGAAUCCCGUACUUAAUUUCCUAGCUGAAGAAGACGUUCUAAAAAGUGGCAGUUCCACUUUGCCAUCCUCCUCCUCAAACAUUUCGGAGCUGGCUGCUGCAACAACUGAAAAUCAGGCCACUCAAGAUAAUUCUCCUGUAGCAACGUUUUCCACCCCAGAAUUAUUGAGCAUCUUACAGAAGGCAGAGUCAGGAAUACUUGCAAAAGCUGAUUCGUCAAUUCAUAGGUCUAUUUCACCCAAUAGAAGUAACAAUAAUUUGUUGCUUGAUGCAGGUAAAUUUAUCGAUAAGUCUGAAUCAGACCAAGACCAGACGAAUGUAAUCUACGCAUCUCAGAAAAACUCGCAGCAAACCUGUCAGGUUUCAGAGCAAUCUGUCAACAUCAACAAAAGAGAAGAAAGUAUCAUAUACACACCAAAAGAGUCCCUUCAAAAUAUCAUUUACAUCUCAAGUGACGAAAACUCUUUUCCUUUUAAAAGCAAUGUAGAUCACAAAGCCCACAAAGAAUUUCUGGAAAACUAUAGUUUUUCUGUUGAGUAUGAGAUUGAUGAAGGGCUGAUAAAUAUUUCAACGAAUACAAUAACUGAAGAGUCUGUACUGCUCAGUAUCCCAUCAGUGCACAAUGAAAUGACAACUGAUACGAUUGUAAAUGUUCCUGGAAAGGAAGCGAACCAAGAAAGAGAAGAAAGAACCACUCAAAUUCUUACGAUGAGGCAUGCCUCUGAGAGUUCACUUUGUUCAGAAAAAGGGCCCCAUGCAGAUCGUCAGGAGGAAGAACAUCAGUCUCAAAGAUCUCCUUCGUCCGAUAGAUCUUUCAGACCAGAAAAAGGGCACGACAGAGAUCAUCAUCAGGAAGAAAGACACCAGCCUCAAAAAUCUCUACCACCUGAUAAAUGUGAUAGACCACUCAGUCAUGAAAAAGCACACCACAGAGAUCAUCAUCGGGAAGAAAGACACCAGCCUCAAUUAUCUCAGUCGUCUGAGAAAUGUGAUACACCACUUAGUCCAGAAAAAAGGCACCACAGUGAUUAUCAUCGCAAAGGAAAACAACAGCGUCAAAAAUCUCGGUCUUCUGAUGAAUGUGAUACACCACUCAGUCCAGAAGAAGCGCACCACAGAGAUCAUCAUCGUGUAGAAAGACAUCAGCCUCAAAGAUCUCUGUCGUCUAAUAAAUGUGACACACCACUCAGUCCAGAAAAAGGGCACCAUAGAGAUCAUCGUAGCAAAGAAAGACAUCACCCUCGAAAAUCUCAGUCGUCUGAUGAAUGUGAUACACCACUCAGUCCAGAAAAAUCGCAUCACAGAGAUCAUCAUAGGGAAGAAAGACACCAGGUCCACAAAUCUCUGUCGUCUGAUAAAUGUGAUACACCACUCAGUCCUGAAAAAGGGUGCCACAGAGGUUAUUAUCGCAAAGAAAAAUUUGAGUCUCAAAGAUUUCCGUCAUCUGAUAAAUGUGACAGAUCACUCUGUCCAGAAAGAAAGCACUACAGAGGUAGUCAGUUGCAAAGUUCUAGGUCCUCCGGAAGUAAGUAUGGAAAAUACAAAUAUCAAUUUCCCACCCAUGGUAGAGAAAAAUGGAAAAAACAAAAAUUUUUACCCUACAGCUACCCUGCCCAAAUUAGACCUAAUGAAAGGCUGAAACACAGGAGCCGAUCCCCAGUUCGAGAAGCUUUGCAAAAAGGAAGUGCAAAAUUCACUACUGGCAAAAAAUGGCAUCGUGUAACAUUCUCAGAAGAGAGAAAUCUGUGUAAUAAGAAUAGCCCUAGUAAGGACAAGAGGAGCUCAGAAUCAUUCUCCAGAUCACAGAGAUCUUUGGAGAGACAGCAAACGCACAGAAAAAAACCAAAUUGCUCGCAAAGAUCUCAGUCUCCUGAAGCUGUAUAUUUGAACAAACGACGUGACCAACACAGAGAUCCCUUAAGCAGAUUUACGUCAUCAGAAACUAGACUGUCUUGCAAAGAAGUUCAUACGUAUAAGAAAAGCAGAGGUACAGCUCGUCACAGUUCUACUUUGCUUGAAGUUCGCUUGAAUUGCCGAGAAAGAAAUCGAGAACAGGAUAAUUACUUUCCAUUAAGAAAGAGUCCUUAUAGAAUUAUACCUUCCAAGCACCAGCACAGAGAUUCAUCCGGUAAAUAUCAGUCUUCAGGAGCAAGGCAGUCUCCUGAAGAAGAAGUUCAAAUGCACAGCCAAAGCAAACAUAAAGUUUCUACUAGUCCUAUAUUCCUCAAAGAUCAAGAUAUCCAAGAAAGAAAUCAAGGACAGGAUCAUCAUCUUUCAUCAAAAAAGAGAGCGCGGGAUGGAGAUAGACACUCGAAUUACCAUGAUAGACAUAUUGGAGAAACCAAAUCAUCUGGAAAUAGUGGAAACCACAAACGUUCUCCACAGAGUCCUGAUUUUUCUCAUCAGCAGAAGUUAGAAGUGACCCAUGAAACGGAGACUACUCUUCCUUUAGAUUCGAAGGGAACUGAUUUAAGCCCCAAUGCAGGAUUAAGUCAAGAGGUAAUAAUGUGCCUUAAAGAGAAAGGUCUUUACGAUGAUUAUGUCAAGUUUUGGAAACUCAAAAAGAGUCAGCGCCAGCAAGAAGAAAAAAUGAGCCCUGAUGAAUAUCGAACUUCAGACGCCUCAAAUAUACAGGAUGGUUCUGGUUGCUCAUUGCAGGACUCAGACCUAGAGGAUGGACAGAUUUCAUCUGAUAGUGUCUCGUCAAAUUUUGGGGCGGAACCUAACAGCAGAUCUGCAACUGAUCAGCAAGAUCUGGAAAUAAAGGAACUUAUGGCCAAGAGAAGGAAAAUUGAGGAGUCAUCAGAUGAAAAUACUUCCACCUCGGACUUACCUGUGAAAUAUAAACAUGAAGCAAAAAAUCUGCUGGAUAAGCAGAACAUUGACUCGUUUCUACGGAAGAUCCACCCACCGGAGAAAGAAGGAAUCCACUUCAUCGACUCUGAAUAACUCUUUGCAGAACUAUAAGUUCCAUCCUUUGAUUGUAAUUUUCUAAAGCAGUGAAACAUUACGUAAUUGAUCGUUGAUAAUUUUAUAAUGAGUCAGUUGCGCUGGUCACAGAAUCGUGUUUUGAUGCUUGAUUCUUGUAGAUUAGCUAGAAAUAAUCAGAUCCGUCCUAAUCGUAACUUUCUACGUUCACUUUUAACGGAGAUAUCGCCCUUUGAAAAGUCAGGUUUUUGACGUCAUCCACCCAGGUUAUGACACCCUUGAUUUCUUCCACCUUGCUUUCAUCAGUCAGUGAUGCACUGUUUAUUCAACGUGAAACUUGGAUGAAAGCAAGGUAGAAGAAUCAAGGUUGCCACUACCCCGGUGGAUGACGUCAAAAACCUGACUUUUCUAAGGCAAUAUCUCGGUUAAUAUUGAACAUAGAAAGUUGCGGUUUGGACAGAUCUAAUUAUUUUUGCUAAUCCACAAGAAUCAAGCAUCAAAACGCUAUUUUGUGACCAUAAGCGCAACUGACCCAUUCAUUAUUUUCUCACCUUUUUUAGACUGCUCAGUAGUGAUUCUAGCAAGUAGACCUUCGCACUUGGAGACUCUGUGCUUACAAUUAAGAACAAAUUACCAUUAAUCGUUAGAAUUAAGGGUUAGUAAUAGUCUAACUGGAAAAAAUAACAGUGCGAGAAUUGAUUCUAAGGUUGCAUAUGAUUUUUUGAAUGCUCAGACAAAAUUGUUUAAUUGACCCUUACAGUUUGAAACUUCUUUUGUUGUUUAGCAUAUGUGAUCAGUUCCAACAAGAAUAGCAUGAGCUCUGAUGUAGACAAAGCUGUGCAUAAGAUAAAUAGAGGCUUCAGUCAUGACAUGCUUAGACCUCUAAAAUCUGUCAUAUUUCUUUAAAGCAAUCAAAAUAUGUCAUUUUUUUAUUUUUGUUAAAUUGCAUGCUGAGAAUAUUUUGCACCGAUUCAUUACCGA